AUGAGUAAAUUAUUAGUUAAUGGACGAUUAGCACUCAGUCGACAACCCUCACAAAAUAAUAUGCAAACUAACAGGUCUCAUAUGCAAUUGCCAUUAUCAACUAAUCGAAAUCGUGGAAAUGUAUCGUAUAUGGGUCGACGUCGUGCAUUGGAUUUAUAUGGUACUAAAGAUAUACUAUUUAUACAUGAACGAAUGAAGAAAGCAAAAAAAACGAUUGGUAAUUCAAGAAACGUCUCUGUGUUCGGGUGA